AUGGUGGUGUUGAUGGACCCUCUGGAGGACCCUGAUGAUGUUCUUCGUGCCAAUCGCUCCAGAGAGAAAACCUACAUGUUUGACGUGGCGUUUGACUAUUCAGCCAGCCAGGAGGAGGUGUACAGAGCCACCACCAAAGGCCUGAUCGAGGGCCUCAUCUCCGGGUACAACGCCACCGUGUUCGCCUACGGACCCACAGGUUGUGGUAAGACGUACACGAUGUUGGGCACAGAUCAGGAGCCUGGGAUCUACGUCCGAACUCUGAACGAUCUGUUUCGUGCCAUCGAAGACACGAGCGACGACAUGACCUACUCUGUGUCCAUGUCCUACCUCGAGAUCUAUAACGAGAUGAUCCGGGACCUGCUGAACCCGGCCUCUGGGUUCCUGGACCUGAGGGAAGAUUCCAAAGGAGUGAUCCAAGUGGCCGGGAUCACCGAGGUGUCCACCAUCAACGCUCAGGAGAUCAUGGAGUUGUUGGUCAAAGGGAACAGGCAGCGAACUCAGGAGCCGACAGCGGCCAAUCAGACGUCGUCUCGUUCUCACGCUCUGCUCCAGGUCAGCGUGAAGCAGCAGAGCCGGAGCCCCGACCUGCAGCAAGAAGUGCGCUUCGCCCGACUCUUCAUGAUCGACCUGGCGGGAUCCGAGCGCGCAGCACAGACUCAGAACAGGGGUCAGCGUCUGAAGGAGGGAGCUCACAUAAACCGCUCGCUCCUCGCUCUGGGAAACUGCAUCAACGCCCUGAGCGACAAGAACGCUCCAAAGUACAUCAACUACAGAGACAGUAAACUCACCAGACUACUCAAGGAUUCUUUAGGAGGAAACAGCAGGACGGUGAUGAUCGCUCACAUUUCUCCAGCCUCGUCUGCGUUUGAAGAAUCCAGAAACACACUGACCUACGCCGACAGAGCCAAGAGCAUAAAAACACGAGUGAAGAAGAACCUCCUGAACGUGACGUAUCACAUCGCUCAGUACACGAGCAUCAUCACAGAACUCAGAGGAGAAAUCCAGAGACUCCAGAGGAAAAUCAGCGAACAAGAACGAAACAGACAGAGAUCAUCCGAUGGUGAUAUAAGAAUGAUCCAGUCGGAGGUGCAGGCUCUGUCCUCUCAUCAGUCCCGGGAGGAGGUGGAGCGCUGUCGGGAGCAGAUCCUCCAGACGUUCCGGGAGCAGAUGGAGAUCAGGAGGAGCCUGAUGGAGCUGGAGAACUCCAACCUGGACCUGCAGGUGGAGACGUCCAGAGAUCAGGAGGGACUUGUUUUGUUUUGUAGCUGGGAGCAGGAGCGCAGCCGACGCCGCAGGAAGUGGAAGUCUGAGCAGCAGAGAGAGAGCGACACGAAAGAGGAGAGAGAAACGAAAGAGGAGAGCGAGACUCGAGAGGAGAGCGAGAAGGACUCGGACAGCUCCGAGUCUGCUCCAGAAACAUCUGAGACUCUGGAGGUGUCCACAGCCCGAGAAAACCUGCUCCUGCUGAUGAGCGAGCAGAAGAGGAUCCACAAACAGAAGGCCGUGCUGGAGCGUCGUCUGGCUCUUCUCUGUGACCAGGCCCAGCGCACGGAGGAGCUUCUGCCUCAGAGGGUGAGCUGUGAGGGCCAGAGGCAGGUCCUGGGGCUCCUCUGCAAAGUCCACGAGCUGGAGCUGGAGAAGGCCGAGAUGCAGUCGUCCGCUCUGCUCAAAGACAACCUGCUGAGGAGGAAAGAACGCGUGGUCCAGCGCUGCGAGCGACACCGGCAGCUCUGCGACCAGAUCAUCCAGACACAGAGGAACUUUAUCCACGACCACAGUUUGUCGGUUCCUCCUCAGCUGCAGGAGCUUUAUGACGUUUAUCUGAAGGAGGCUGAUGAGAGGCGACUGGAGCGAGCGCUGGCCCUGGACACAGCCACAGCACGAUACAACAUCAAGGAGGGCUCUCUUCCGAAGAUCUCUCUCCCAGGCCACAGUCGGGACCAGACCCUGGACUUGGACUCGGAUCAGGAGAGUCUGAGGAACGUGAGGCUGGAACGAACCAGGAGACACACCCUGCCCCCGAUCCUCCCCGAGCCCGAGCUGGACAGUAACAGAGUUUUUAAAAACAGUCCUCAUGCCCAAAGGAUCAAAAACUCCUCCGUCGUGACUCCUCCUCCCAUCCACAUCAACGGCAAGAACAGAGAGCUGCAGCCUUUGGCCCCGGACUCGUUCCUGAGCUACAGUCUCCUCUCUCACAGCGUCAGCUCCCACCUGGACUCCUCCCCCGAGAGCAGCGAGACGGGGGCGGAGCUAACACACUCAGAGCGAGAGCAGAUCCUGCGCGGCGUCCAGAACAUCGUGGUCAAAGCGGCGCGGCGGCGCUCUCGGGCUCUGGAGGGCGACGUGCUGCGCUUCCCUCCCCCCUCCUCCCCCCUGGACGCCCACAAACAGAGGAGCGUCCUGUCCCUGAGCGCGGCCCCCCCCACGGGCCCCCCCCGCGCCGCCGACAGCCCAGCCCCGAGCUCGCCCACGCCACCUCCGACGACAACCUGUCCAGCAGCACCGGGGACGCGCCCCACCCCGGACCCAAGACCAGGACCAGACCCGGACCCGCCAAGAACCACACCCCCCGAGACGCCAGGGACAGCGAGGGGGAGGGCCGCCGCAGGAAGAGGAGGAGCCGCUCCUUCGAGGUCACGGGGCAGGCGCUUCCUCAGACGAAGUCGACGGCGGCUCAGAGGCUCCGCCCCCUGGACAGCACCUCAGACCCGCACCUCCACAUGGGCCCCGCCCCCCAGCGCUCCGAGCCCCGAGAGGAGGAGCCAGAGCGGGGAGAGGCCGAGGAGCGCACCCCCCCACGGACCUACACACAGGCCCAGACUCGGCUCCUCUGUCCAACCUGAAGAGAGUCCCACAACUCAGACCACAACCUCUGCUCUACAUCAGCUCCACCAACUCCCAGAGACAGAGGAGGAACUGAACCAGGACCGGACCAGGACCGGACCAGGACCGGACCAGGACCGGACCAGGACCGGACCAGGACUGGACCAAGACUCAAACUGGACAAAAACUGGACUGAAUCAAGACUUAAACUGCACUGGACCAGGACCAGACCAGGACUGAAUAAGAACCAGGACUGUGCCAGGACUAAACCCAGACUGGACUGGGGUCUGGGGAUAAACCAGGCCUGAACCAAGACUUAAACCAGACCAAAUAAACCAACACCAGCACUAAACCUGGACAUGAGGCUCAAACUUUUACAUCUCUUCAGCACAAAAACACAUUUAGUUGUUUUUAGAGAUGUUUUUUUGUUUUUUUUAAUCAAAGGUCUCAGAUAAAUAUGACGUCCUUCAGGCAAAGUUCUUAAAAACCGUUGUCUUCUGUGUUUGAUUCGUCCUUCAGAGUCUCUGGGUUAAACCUGCACUUGACUCAGACACGGGCAGAACAUGCAAACUCCACAUUAAACAUGACUUCAAAAACAGACCAAUAUCCUGGUUCUGGAUGAGUCACAUUCCGUGGGUUUGAGCGCGUUGCCUCCAGGACCGAGUUAAAGUUUAGAUUUUCAAUAAGAAACUUUUCUGAAACAUGUGGCUUCUUCUCGGUCAAAGCCUUUUUACGUGAACUGUUUUUAAAUCUAAGAAGCAAAGUUAUUUAACGAUUGCCUUUUCUUGCAUGUUACCAAAAUGUAAAAAUUGUUUUCGUAAUUAAGACUUUCUACGCUUUAUUUUGUACUUUUUUUAUUUGUAAACCAAACAUGAUUAAAUUAAGA